UCAAUAUAUCGACCAUGUUUCGGGGUAAAACUGCGUGGUUUUCCAGUAGUGUGAGGAAGGAGAAUCUGGACUUUUGGACAUUGGAGUCUGGGACUGUGGCUCAUUGGAGGAAAGCAGACUACCUUUUCAGUGAGGAUGCAGCAUGUCCUGAUACUCAGAGGAUAUUUGAGAGCAAACACUUCCUGUGGAACAAGGUGACGGUGUUUCACAGCCUGUUUCUGUCCACUUGUGAGAAGCGGCAGAGUGUGAAGUCUGUGUGUAUCGGCCACUAUGUGCUGCCCCCAGCAUCUGUCCAGGACGAGGUGAGAAACGUGGUUGGGAGGUUGAUUUGGGAGUGUGAUGAUGAAGAGUCCGAGGCAGAGGUGAGGGCAUCGAACAACACAGAUUUUUUUUUUCUUUCUUUCUGUGGCUUCCUCCCUGCAGUCAGCGUGAACAUGGACAACCUGCAGAAAUAUUCAGGUCAUCUGUGUGAUUUCCAUCCUGGGUGUUUCCGCUGUGCUCGGUGUCAAGUCCUCUGUGACUGUUCGCAGCACACGUGUAUCCUGCUCUCGUCUAUAGUCAGAAGACUUGUUUUCUCUGUUUGGUCAGCAGAGAAAACAAUAGGCGCCAGCCUGUCCUCUAUCCAGGACCUGUACCUCUCCAGGGUCAGGAAGAGGGCUGGUGACAUCGCUGCCGACCCUUCACACCCUGCUCAGACCCUCUUCAAACUCCUGCCGUCUGGCAGGCGUUACAGAUCUCUGCAGGCCAGAACCACCAGACUCAGGAACAGUUUCUUCCCCCAGGCUGUGACCCUGAUGAACUCUAAGUGA